AUGUCAAACAAGAAGUCCACUGGCAAACAGGUCGCCUCUUCUGGCUCUUCGGUUCGUACGAAGAGCCGUAGAGGUCGUCUCUCUGCGCUUUUUGGCCACAGCCCCGAGCAAGUUGGCGAUGCCGCUGAUCACAAGACGGCCCAUCAGGAGGAAGCUACGCCUACCCAGCACACCGCAAUCAACCGACAUGAGCAUGGCAAUCAUCUUCAGAAUUCUCCUGCUCCUCUCAAAAAUAAUCGCAAUGAGAAUGAUGCUCAAGACUCCGUCGUCACCGUCAUCACUACUCGUUCCAUUACUACCGAAGACAAGAACGCACAUGAUUCCGGUGUCACAGCUUCCGCCAACAAUUUUGAUACUGUUGAUUUCGCCAAGAAGACCCAGAUCCAAGAAAUCGCCGAGAUCUGCGAGAGCAAGCCCUACGUCAAACUUGCUACUGGCGAGGCAAUUUCCAACCCAUCUCCGAGCCGUACUAUGAAGCUCCCGAUUCAUCGCCACAAGAGGGCUUCCAGCUCUUUCAAGAUCGUCGACAGGGACUCUGCUGACGCGGUGCUCCUUCCGGCUUCUUCUUACACCCCCUGCCCCAAGAAUAAUAAAACGCCUGUCGCGAAGCUCGACAUGCAGGCGGUUCCUUAUGCUCAACCUCUCCUGCACAACCACAGCCAUGAUCAGGAGGCUCAUCAACUGCCUUCAACUACAUACUCUGGCCUUGUCAUCCACAAUGGUAGCCCCCAGAACAAGCCCAAGGGUAAUGCCCCUGUCAAGAGUGACUAUAGUCUCUCUUCUCUUACAAAGCCUGGCCCUACGGUCAAGAUUAUGGAUACCGAUGAGGAGACUGCUAAGAAGCUCAAUCCUCUGGCUUUCAAUCCUGCUGGUGUGUCUACUCCUCUGCUCAGCGCACUCAAGACUCCAGCGUCCGAUAAGUCUCCGGGCGAGAAGAAGGUCCGCUUCGCCACGGCGCCUUCUAUCAAGUCUGACGGUAGCGACAAUGAGAGUGGAGGCUCUGAUGAUUCAAACAAGACCAUCAAACCUGGCCUUGGAGGCAUGAAGGCGGCACAGAACUCCCUUCUAUCGCCUGUGAUCUGGGACAAGGGAUCUGAGCCUAAGAUCUGGAUCAAUAACGGCAAGCCCACCCUCUUCCAGCCUCAGAAGGAGCCUGGAUACUACACCAACCCGCUUUGGUCCCGCCAGUAUCCCGAGAUUCUCUCAGACGAUCCCCGAGUCAACCCCUAUGCUGCGAGCUACGCUGAAAGCAGCACCUCCACAGAUGGCAGCCAAUAUUCCGACACCCCUGCGGCACGCGCAGUCACUGAGUUCGAAGUGGGCAAUAAACUCCAUGUCAACGGUGAUUCCAGUACCAAUGUGAGCUUUGGCACAGGUACCACGCCUGCUCGCACUCCAUUCACCAGAACCACUCGCAUUACUAUGCCUUCGCCGCCCUCUACCAACCAGAACUUUGUCGGCCGGGAGUUCCCGGACAUGCCUCCUACCCCUGCUGGAUUGGAUAUGCCGCCUUACUACAGAAGCCAAAUUAAGCUCGAGAUUGGUGGCCGUCGCUUCAUCAGCUCCAUGGAGGUUCUCGAGAGAAGCCCCUGGUUCAAGUACAUUUUCUCCAUCAACUUCCGCGACUGGUACCGUGAUGGCGUCUUCCACUUCGACAACGACGGAGAUCUCUUCGCCCAUAUUCUGCGCUUCCUGCGCACUGGCAUGUACCCGCUUUUUUGGGAUGCGCGUAACGGCUUCGACUACGCCAUGUAUGCGAUGAUCCAGCAGCAGGCUCACUUCUACAUGCUCUACGAUCUUGAGGCUUGGAUCGCCCAACAGAAGUACCAUGACGUGGUCGAGACUCAGGUCAUCCACCAGAAGGUUAUUAUCCCGAAUGAUCAGGACUGGAUUCAUGAGCAGCGUCUCAUGGGCCUUCAUUUGUCAGUGAUCUCCGGCGUUGUCGUCGACGCCAAUGCGGUCCCCGAUCACCAGGCUGAGAGCCAGGCCCCUGCUGCGGACUUGUUCGACUCCGAGAGCGGAGAGAGCUCGAAGGGCAAGGCCAAGAAUGUCGCGGUUCAGCAGGUCGACCUAGGAGGUGCUGUGGCGCUUUUCACCACCGAGAAGAUUGUGAAGGUGCACGUCGAUCAGCUCCGUCCUAUCUAA